GUUCUAAUUAAGUUAAAUAAAUUAAUGAAAGUGAAGGUUUUCAUUGGCACCCAGCAGUGUUGUGUUUUAUUUUUUUUAAAUUGUUUGGUUACUUUGAAUCAAAAGGGAUAAUUCGACAUAAUUAUAAAGAACAAAAGAGGAUUCAAAAUGAUAAAUAGCCAUGCGAAUCCAAAUUGAUUGAGCGGCACUACAAAAGACUAAAUAUUUUUUUAAAUAUGAAUACGAUUCUACAAAGAAAUUCGGAACAAUUUCGAAGAAAGCCUACACACGAGCCAACCACAAAUCUCUAUUACGAACGAAAAUGGGAAUGGGGAUUUUUAAGGAAACAAUGUCGGAACCUGGAAAUGGAACAGUUUUAUUCGACUUAUAUGCAACGACUUCGAAUAAGCUACCUUUCUCUUUUCAUACUUCUACAAGCUUUAGUUGGAAUAACUCAUGUUGUAAUGUUAAUGGCAGCAGUGGCGGACUUGAGUGCAGUUUUUGUGGAAAUAUUUUCAUACCUUGCAUCUAUACUACUUGUUUGGAUGGUUCUUUUUAUAACGUUUCGUGAAGAUCUCAUAAAGCGUCAACCAUGGAUUGCAUAUGUGGCGUCUUGUACGGCUGUGUUUAUUUUAGUCGUAUCAGAUCUUUUAAUACCGACUUAUCAUGCUGCAGUGAAUUUUCCAAUUCCACCAUUACGUCCAUCUUAUGGCAGUUACAUUUUAUAUGCAAUUUAUAUGUUCAUGCCUCUAAGUGACAACUGGCAUGCUACUAUCUUAGGUAUAGCAGCAACAAUUUGUUACAUGGUCAAUUUUGCCAUGGUAACAUACCGACUUGAUGAUCAUAUUCUAAUCAAAACCAUUUCGGAGGCGAUAUUCCUAGGAUGUGUAAAUUUAUUAGGAAUUUACUUUCGUUUUAUGAAAGAAAUUGCAAUUCGAACAACAUUCCUCGAUCGACGAGAGUGUAUAGAAGAGAAUUUAUUGCUACGAUAUGCAAGAGAUCAGGAGAAAAGCCUUUUUCUUAGCAUCAUCCCAGCUCAAACAGCUGACAAAAUUGAGCGAGAAGUCAGAGAACGUAUUGAACACAUGAAAGUCGAAAACAGACAUCGCAGAUCAUCUUUGGACAGAGGAAAUCCACACACACACAGAUCAAUUAAGCGUUGGAGACGUCCUGACACUGGAAAAUUAUUUAUUGAAUCCCAUUCGGAGGUCUCUGUUCUCUAUGCCGACAUCGUAAACUAUACCCAUUUGACAACUACGCUCGAUGUCAAGACCCUUGUCGAAACCAUUCAUGAUCUUUUUGUUAAAUUCGAUCAAGCUUCAGAGGAAUACAAUGUCCUUCGAAUAAAAUUCUUAGGAGAUUGUUACUAUUGUGUGUCAGGAGUUCCCGUUAAAAAUGAUCAUCAUGCCAAAAGUUGUGUCGAUCUUGGUUUGCGUAUGAUCAAGGACAUUCGUGAAGUUAGAACAAAGCGACAAUUGGAUAUUGAUAUGCGAAUUGGUGUGCAUUCGGGUAGUAUACUUUCGGGUGUUAUUGGGGUCUGUAAGUGGCAAUAUGAUAUUUGGUCAAAGGAUGUCGAUAUUGCUAAUCGUUUGGAAUCCACCGGAGCAGCUGGGCGUGUUCAUGUGAGUCAACAAACUUUGGAACUCCUUGAUGGCGAGUAUAUGUAUGAGGAAGGCACUCAAAUGGCUAAAGAAGAUGAGGUUUUGAAUAAAUAUCAAAUUCGAACGUAUCUUAUUAAACCACAGAGAUUCUACCAAACAGGAGAAUAUAAAAGACAGUCAAUAGGAGCUCGACGACGAAUGAUUGAAUCCAACAGAGGUCCCAAAGUUGAUAAUUCGAUAAAUUUCAUGCAAAACACCAUUGAGCAGUAUAAUCAAAUUCGUAUCCAAGCUAAGCUUGAAAUGAGUCGGGAAUUAGAUAAAAUGCCAAUCGGGAAAUUUCAUGCUUCGAAAAUAUGUUUUGGACCACCUAAAAGACUUACACAAGAUGAAAUGGAAGAACAGACUUUCAGGAGUAAUGUUACAACAAUUUGUUUAUUUUUCAAAGAUUGGCGAUGGGAGUUUAUGUAUAUGAUUGAGCCUGAUGUGAUGUUGAAGUAUAGCAUACUUAUAGGAUUUAUAACAUAUUUUGGCAUACUGUCAAUACAAGCAAUCAAUCAACCACAAAGCGAUAUGUUCUGGGUUAUAAAUGCAUUAGCUGGAGCCCUUCUAACAGGAUUUCUCCUCAUAACUUGGUACAAAAAACUAUGGAUUAUGUUUAACCCAUCGGAGGAAGAUGAUUCAUCAGAUCAACAAAAUCGUGGUAAGCCUCACAAUAAGAUUUCCCAAUACUUUUACAACUUAUCGGAUAUAUGGAUGCGCAGUAUAUUUGCAAGAUGUUUUAUUUAUUUGACCAUGGUAACAACACUUUGUGCAAGUUCAAUGCUUCAAUUGAUGGAUUGUCGACAAUUUGAAGAAAUUUCACAAAAUUCAAAUACAUCUCAACUAACAGGCGGAAGACACAGUUUAUGCUUUAAUCCAUGGGCUAUAACAGAGAGUUUAGUUUUAACGAUCUGUAUGAACUUUCUAUUCACCCGCAUUCCAUUUGCCAUGAAAUUUAUUGUUGGCGUUGUAAUUGUCUUAGUUUAUUCGUAUUGUGUUGCUGUUAAAUACGCCUACAUUUACCACUUAAGUCCAUCAACGAAUUUGGGCUUAAAUCCAGAAUAUUCACAUUUAUUGGUAAUUUUUAUUUCAUUUGGAAUAUUUCAUCUUAUGGAUCGACAAACAGAGUAUAUUUCCAAGGUUGACUAUAACUGGAAACGUCAAUUACAGAAGAAACAGGAAGAUGCUCAUGUGACAAAUGAAACUAUUAAAAUAUUGGUACACAAUAUUUUACCAGCUCAUGUUGCUGAAUUGUACAUGUCCCGAAAGAUGAAAAAUGAACAUUACUUUGAAGAAUAUGACAAUGUUGCUGUUAUGUUUGCCACAAUUCGGAAUUAUGAUACAGAAAAAGUGGGCUUGAGAGUUCUAAAUGAAAUAAUCUGUGAUUUUGAUGAGAAAUUACUUUCAUACCAAGGUCAAUUGAAAAUUGAAAAGAUCAAAGUAGCUGGCUGGUCUUAUAUGGCUGCUUGUGGUUUAGAUACAAAUAGAUGUGAAUCAACAACAGUUCGAGCAAGUCACAGAUCUUCAGGACUUAUGCCAAAUGGACGAAGAAGUUACAAUACCACACUUCGUUGUUCUCCAAGCAUGGAUCCAAAUGGUGAAGUAUCACCAAAUUUACCAUCAACAUCUUCGAAUAUUACUACAGCCAAGUCAAGACAGAGAAAAAUAAGCAGUCGACAAUCUAAUAAUGUGGUCUAUGUUAUGGCACAAUUUGCUUUAGAUCUUAUGAAGACACUUCAUAGUUUUAAUGUUGAAAAUCUUCAAUGUGAAAGUAAUCAAUCGGAUGCUGGAAUGUUGAGGAUUGGAAUAUCAAAUGGCGAAAUAAUGGCUGGAGUUGUAGGUUCAUCUAAACCUCAUUAUGAUAUUUGGGGUAAUGCUGUUAAUAUGGCAUCGAGAAUGGAUUCGACGGGUAUUCCAGGAUGUAUUCAGGUGACCCAGGAUACAGCUGAAAUUUUAAUGUCAUUUGAUAUACAAUGUAAAUUUAGAGGAAUGACAUUUGUUAAAGGACGUGGCAAUAUACCAACUUAUUUUGUUGGAAUUGAUGAGGAUUUGAAUUUUAUAAAACAAAAUCGACCGCUUGUGGAUAGUUUAGAAAUUGAUUGUUAAAAAAAUAAUACUAAAAUAAAAAAAUUUAGGUACUGAUGUAUCUACAAAAUG